GCAGCAGCAGCAAACAUGAGGCCGAGUCUAAGAUCGCUGUUUGAACAAAUUGUGAAUUCGCCCAUCAAACAGUCAGAAGAACAUUCAAGCUCCAAUGAGGAAAAUGACAAUAAUGGAUCUGUCAAGUCAGUGGGUCAUGUACCCGGAAAUCUAGCUGCUAUGGUGCGCACCCAAAAAAAUAAUAUAACGGUAGAUGCUAAAGAUAAAUCACAGACAUCAUCGAAGCCAAAGAAACCUGAUUCCAAGGCACAGACCACUCCUCCUGGGAAUAUUAACUCACUUAAAAAACGAAAUAAAAGAAAAAAUUCAGAAAAGGAGCGCAAAAAGGAGACACCAUCACCCAAGGAUGUGGGUCCAUCCAAAUUUACGGAAACAUUUGGGGAAUGUAUUAAGAUCAAAACUGCGUAUGAUACCGCACAAAAAUCAACAUCAGAAUCACAACAAAGACACAAAUCAACAAAAUCGACGCAAGAAGAUUACAAGCAAUCCAAAACAUACCCAAAAGCUAAGCACCAAAAGCAGCAGCCUGAGUUUGGCAAGAGCAAUUUCCACCAUCAAGACAAAUCUGAAUGUAGAGUUAGUAAAGCAAGCAAGUCCCAUCCAGAACCUAGACCACCCAUGGAAUCAUCUCAGCAAUCACUAUUCUCUACUGAAGUGCCAAAAAAGAUCUCCAAGCCAGCAAGGUCAGAUGUCAUCAUGUCAUCUAAUCCUGCCUCGCCAGUGUUAAUAGACGGAGAUGAAUUUUCGACAGAGAGUGAAUCUGAGAAUCCAGCAGUUCGUCCAGGCAAAAAAAUCCUUAAGGAUAAAAAGCGAAUCCGAAAUCGAAAAUUCACAUUCCAUGAAAACCUAGUCUUAAUUGAGAACCUUGUUCCACAUUUUCACAAGCUCCUUGGAAACAGAGCAGCUGCUACGGAGUCAGCAUGGAAAAACACAAUCUGGAAGCAAAUUGCAGAUGCAGUUACGAGUGUGGGUGUCUCUCCACGAUCAGCAGAUCACGUACGUAAGCGGUACCAGGACAUUCGGCUUCUACUAAGGCGCAAAAUUUCGGAUGAAAACAAGAGCAGAAAAGCAACAGGGGGUGGCCCUGAGAAGAAAACAGUUUACCACCAGUAUGAAGAGUUACUGCGUCCAUACAUAGAUCUAGAUUCCAUUGUUGGCAUCAAGGCUGGUUUUGAUACCUCGAGGCACCAUGAAAACGAGCAACAUAAUGCAGCUCAACACACCUAUCGCCAGCAGAAGCUCUCCUUUAUGGCCAAACUAACUGAACUCUUAGAAGCACAUCUGCCAUCUCCUGGUGAGCAAUCUCAUAAUGCUCGGAAUCUAACCAGCAGCAACCACAGCAGUUUUGUAUGUGAAAGUAUUAUCGAAAAUGAUGCUAAUGAUAAUUUUACUAUUCAGGAUAUGUAAAUGUUAUAAGAAGUACAAUUUUUUUUUUUUAAUACAUUUCACAUAAUUCACAACUGAGUUUGAAUUUAAAGAGCUUGCAAACAUUUGUUCUUUAAAUUUUUACUCAGCACGCAACAUUGUUAAGUCAUAUAUUGCCCAAAGUUGACUGCUAUAUUGAUGCUUUCUCCAGUUAAAUAUCUCAUUUGACCAUGGCGUUGCAGAUCUGUACCAAAUAAGUGUAAUCAACAUGACGUUUGUAUUUGAGUUUUAGAUGUUUCAAUGGCCAUCAUUGAUCAAGCUGGUUGGAUGACCAAUGAAACGUCUUUAGACAGUUAUGUAGCUUUGAUUUUAUUUUCAAUAGAUAUACAAUUAAUGUUAUAUGGGAUUUUUUCUAUGACAUUAUUGCCUCUGAAAACAUUUCAAAAAGGUUGAGAAUUAUGUGAAAUCUAUUUUUAUCUUUCAAGCAUGUUCUAGUAUUCAUUACUGUUACCAUUACGGUUUUCCGAAUUGUUGGUAUAUACACGUUGAAAUACAAGUGCAACAAUAUUGUCAAAUAUUUGUUUUAACAUGUAUAUUUUUUGUUCGAAAGCAGAACCAUUUUUUUGUUGUAAGGCAAAAAAGUGGUAGGAUUGUUGAAAAGUAGAAGUGAACUAUCAAUAAUACUAUAGUUGAAGUUACAGAGUAGAGAUAUAAUUCAUCAGCACUACAUAAAAGCAUCAAUCAUAUUUGUUCAAUAGGAGAAUACAUCACAUUAACAUCACGUCUACGCAUUUGAAACAGACAGAGUUGUCCCUUUGUCACAGCAGAAAAUCUGGAGAAUGUGACAGGUUUUUCAUGUUUUUCUUCCGUCAGGAAGGCACACUAUUGGUUCGAAUUUUUUUUUUUAUAUAUUUUAUCCACGUGGAUGUAAAUUAUUGAUAUUUUCACUCAAGUGCUUGGAUUUGUAUCUGUACUCUGUGACUAAACUGCGCCAUCCAUUGUUGUUGUCACAGCAAGGACCAUGUUUCUCUGUGUGUUUUUCUAAAGUAAUGUGUAUUUUCUCCUAUGAAGAAUAAAGCAAAGUAGCUGAUAAUUGCAAUCUUGAUAUCACCUGUGUUUCUGUAAAGUUUACCACAAAAUAUACAUGUUUUAGUUGCUGACGUCGUCUUCUUCGCCAGUAGUUUAAUUCAUAUUAAAAAAACAAACAUCCAAAUGGUUCCAUACUCCAUCUUGCCCAACCAUAUAUUUUUGAUGUUGUGUUGGCUGUAAUUUGAUUUUCUGUUACUUUUGAAACCACAUGUUAUUGGUAUGGAAUGUAGGUAUCAUUUCCUGACUAAUGAGGUUAAAAAUGUUUCUGCAAGUUGUAGACGACCGCUUUUCCAUCUUUCAAAUGCCCUGCCUGGAGUAGUUAACAUUUUAACUAACGUGCAUUGUUUCUCAGUAAUGAAAUGAGUGAUGGUAACUGCGGUGUGGGGUGGAGAGGAGAAAUUAAAAUA